AUGUCCUAUUUCCCUCCCCGUUCCUCCUCGUUCUGUUUUUUUUCCCGUCUCGUAUUGCCCCAUCCCUUUCUUCCCGUCUCGUUCUGCCUUGUCGGGUAUAAUUUUGGCCUCGUUAUUCUGUCGUCUUUCUCGUCGUUCUUGAUGGUGGUUGUUGUUGGGCGGUGGCUGUUAUUGGUGUGGGAUCUCGUGGUGACGACCGGCGGAUCUAUGCUCAUGUUAAGCCUUGGUGUGGCUCCGUCAGCAGCUCCCAUUUCUGUUUUUGGCUUAUUGCAGGUUUUAGAGUGGCUCAAUUGCUUGAUAGGAGACGGCUAUGUUCAGCUCUUGGAGAAUGGCGGUCAGAGGUCAGAGGCGGCGGCGGCUUCUCUGGCAGCUCGAAGAGGCUCCCGUGCUGCCGGAUUAGAGUUUUGCGUUGAAGUGGUUCGUUUUUGUGCUAGUCCUCAGAGAAGCUGUAGAUGCUGCUAA